GUUUGUUUAUGUCUGCAGGGAAUCGGUCGCAGGUUUUCCAACAUUGUCUGCAAGAAGGCUGACGUCGACCUCAAUAAGAGGGCCGGAGAGCUGUCCGAAGAGGAGGUGGAGAAGUUGGUGACGAUUAUCACGAAUCCUCGACAGUAUAAAAUCCCCGACUGGUUCCUCAACAGGCAAAAGGACAUUAAGGACGGAAAGUACUCUCAGAUCACUUCCAAUAGUCUCGAAAGCAAAUUACGUGAAGAUCUCGAGCGCCUCAAGAAGAUCCGCGCCCAC